UGUAGCAAAUUAACAUAAUUAUGUAGAUAAAACUUGGAUAAAAUUAACUACUUAAAUCAUAAAACACGUCUCACAAAAAUAUAAAAUUCAUCAUAUAUAUUUUGAUUACUCAAUCACCUUCUAAUCUUAUUUAAUUAAAAAAACUACUCCCCAAAAACUCACACUGCCAUUUGCACCAAACCACAUUAUCCAUCCUUCGAAGAAAGCAAAUUAAAACACACAAACCAACAAAAGGUUGAUGACAUAUCACUGAACACUCCAGCUCCUCUCUCACCAUGCAAACCCUCACUCUCCACGCAUCAAACAAGUGUCCCUCACUCCCUCCAGGUGUCCCCUCCACCGAUGUCUUUCUCUUCCUUUAAACCCAAACCCUCCUCCUCAUCUUCUUCUCACUCUCAUUUCUCGACCUCCACCGAUCAAGCCAAACCCAGAAAAACCCAGCCAACCCUAGCUCUCUUAAUAUCUCAUAUCAAUGGCUGAGGCCCACUACCGCUGGCAGCAACCACAACACCAAGGGUACCAAACCAACAUCCAGUUCGACAAUCCAAAACACCAAGGUUACCAAACUCAGUACCAGUAUGACCAACAACAACAACAAAACGGCUCCUCGGCUUCGAAUAUACUGGCAAUUGCCACCCUCGUUCCGGUAGGGGGCACUCUGCUCUUCCUUUCAGGGCUCACUCUGGCCGGGACCAUCAUUGGUCUGGCGAUGACUACUCCGCUUUUUGUUAUCUUCAGCCCGGUUUUGGUCCCUGCCGCUUUAGUCAUAUUCCUGUCUGUGACGGGGAUUUUGACUUCGGGGGUUUUUGGUGUCACAGCCCUCUCGUCUUUCUCUUGGCUCGUCCGUUACUUGAGCCGAUCUCGGCUGCCCCAGACCAUGGGCCAGAAAGUGCAGGAGACCACGGGGUAUUUGGGCCAGAAGAUGCAGGAGACGGCAGGAUAUUUGGGACAGAAGGUGCAGGAGACUGGAGACUUUGUGGGCCAUAAGAUGCAGGAGACUGGAGGUCAAGUGGGCCAGAUGACCAAAGAAGCGGGCCAGACUAUCCAGGAAUAUGAAAGGACCCAGGAAGGUGGUAGGGAUCAAAUAACCAAAGAAGGUGGCCGAGGUAAAGAAAGCGGCCGGGGCCAAGAAGGCGGCCGGGGCCGUGAAGGAGUAAAUGUUACUGUCAAGAGUUGAAGUUGAAGAGUGGAUCAUGGAUAUAUAUAUAUUAUUGUACAUGGGCGUCAAUGGCUAGUGGCUCUUUCUAUGUUGUUUGUGUGUUUAGCUUUCUGGUUUCUGCUUUCUGUAUUACCAUAUGUAUGUAACGUUUGACAGUUGUAGUUUCGUGGAUGUGCAAUGUAAUAAAUGGCUGUGCUAUUUUUCAGUGCCUGG